UCGGAAGAUGUGGGGAAGAUGGCGGAGCUGCAGAUGCUGUUGGAGGAGGAGAUCCCCGCUGGCAGGAGAGCGCUGCUGGACAGUUACCACAACCUCGACCGGGUGGCCGAGUACUGCGAGAACAACUACAUCCAGGCUGCAGAUAAACAGCGAGCUCUGGAAGAAACCAAAGCAUACACGACCCAGUCCUUAGCGAGCGUAGCUUACCUGAUAAACACCUUAGCUAACAAUGUACUCCAGAUGCUGGACAUCCAGGCUUCCCAGCUCCGACGCAUGGAGUCAUCCAUCAACCACAUCUCACAGACUGUGGACAUUCACAAGGAGAAAGUUGCCAGGAGAGAGAUUGGCAUCUUGACAACCAACAAAAACACCUCGAGGACUCAUAAAAUCAUAGCCCCGUCCAACCCUGAGAGGCCUGUCCGAUACAUCAGGAAGCCCAUUGACUACGCCAUCCUGGAUGACAUUGGUCAUGGAGUAAAGUGGUUGCUUAGAUUUAAGGUCAGCACCCAGAAUAUGAAAAUGGGUGGCCUUCCACGUACCACCCCACCUACACAGAAGCCCCCUAGUCCCCCCACAUCAGGGAAGGGGACACUUGGGCGGCAUUCUCCUUAUCGAACUUUGGAGCCAGUGCGCCCCCCAGUGGUGCCAAAUGACUAUGUGCCGAGUCCCACUCGCAACAUGAGCAAUUCACAGCAGCAAAGUCCAGUACGGACAGCGUCUGUAAACCAGAGGACAAGGACUUACAGCAGCAGUGGAAGUAGUGGGGGAAGUCACCCCAGCAGCCAGAGCAGCAGCCGAGAGAACAGUGGAAGUGGCAGUGUGGGGAUACCAAUCGUUGUACCUACUCCAUCUCCUCCCAGCGUGUACCCAGGCUCUGCUGGUACCCCGCCUCUACCCCCUACUCCUCACCCUACUCCAGUCCCAACCCCCAACCCUACUCCAACUCCAGUUCCUGUUCCCUCUCCAACCCCUACCCAUGUUCCAACACCAAUCCCAGACUCCGUAGCAGGAGCCCAGCCCCUUGCUGAUGGCUUCAUCUCACCAUCUCUCCCCGCUGUUUCUUCCACUCCUAAUGCAGGCCAUGGCCCCCAGUUCUACAGCAUGAAUCGACCGGUGCCUCGGCAAAAUCCAACCACUCCAGGAGGUUCCCUACCUGGGUACAAGCGUCCACCAUCGAUUGGCUCACAGAGCAAUGUCCAGAACCAGAUGAAUGGGGGACCCUAUUACAAUCAGAACUCAUCUAUCGAAUCAAGAGUGUCCCUUGCUCCGCCCCCACCUUCUAUUCUGCAGGUUACACCACAGUUACCGCUGAUGGGCUUUGUGGCCAGAGUCCAGGAAAACAUUUCUGAAGGUCCGACCCCUCCUCCACCACCACCUGCCGAUGAUGCAGUAUUCGAUGAAUCGCCCCCUCCACCCCCACCACCAGAGGACUAUGAGGAGGAAGAAACAGCUGUGGUGGAAUAUAGUGACCCGUACGCAGAGGAGGAUCCCCCUUGGGCACCCAGGAGCUAUUUAGAAAAAGUGGUUGCUAUAUACGACUAUUCAAAGGACAAAGAAGACGAGUUAUCUUUUCAAGAGGGCUCCAUCAUUUAUGUCCUCAAGAAGAAUGAUGACGGCUGGUACGAAGGAGUAAUGAAUGGUGUGACUGGUCUGUUCCCUGGGAACUAUGUUGAAUCUAUCAUGCAUUACGCAGAGUGACCACUGGAAAGACGGCUCUGCAACAGUCCCCGUUUGUGUACCAUUGCUCUCUGUGGCUUUGCUCAGCCUGACAUGCUGAUGAAGCCACACGUCAAAAUGAAGGAUUUGAAUAAACAAAAUGCAUAAUUUAAAAACAAAACCCUUUUUUUUCACCCAGGAUGGAGUGAGGCGGCAUUGUCUGUCAGGAAGCCGCUCUCUCUGCUGUCGGUGUAGGCUCUGAUGACUGUUGAACUCAUUGUAGAAUGAGCCCAUACACACACCCACAGCCACAUUUGCAGAACAUAACUGUAACCAAUGUAAAGGGUCGACCGAUGUUGCCAUUCCGACUGAAGGCUGUGAACCCCUCCCCUAUUCCCUCCCUUUUGCCCUCCAACUGCCUCCCCCUCCAUUCUCUCUAUCUCCCCUUGCCCCAACAUCUUUCAAAUGCCUCUGUGACAGCAUUGUUCUGUAUUUUUAAUUAAACUGCUAUUUUCCUGCAA